AUGAUAGGGCAGACCCUUAAGGCCGGGUCCUUUAUUGGCUGGCUCCACCUGUGGGCUAGACUAGACUGGGGAAAUGCAUGCGGCUACUUCCUUCAGGUGCUGAAGGCUGACAUCCAGGUUGUCAGAAAAGCCCUCCAGAGGAAACACCAACAUGGCAAUGGGGCGGCCGAAAUCCAGAACCCAGUUCUGCACAGUGAAGUAGAACCAGAGGUCCAAAUGGAAGGGUGCGGUGCCGGGUGCCACCAGGUGCAUCGUGCCUAUGGCUGUGGCAGCGAUGGCUCUGAGAGGGGCCUGCAGGUGCCCAUUGGAGGGGAGGCAGAGACCUCUAGGAGAAGUAUUAAAAACAUAUAUCUGGAUUUCGGCCGCCCCAUUGCCAUGUUGGUGUUUCCUCUGGAGUGGUUUCCGCUCAACAAGCCUAGUGUGGGGGACUACUUCCACAUGGCCUACAACGUCAUCACCCCCUUCCUCCUGCUCAAGCUCGUCGAGCGAUCCCCGCGCACCCUGCCACGCUCCAUCAUCUAUGUGAGCGUCAUCACCUUCAUCAUGGGCGCCAGCAUCCAUCUGGUGGGGGACUCCGUCAACCACCGGCUGCUGUUCAGCGGCUACCAGCACCACCUGUCAGUGCGCGAGAACCCCAUCAUCAGGGACCUCUGGCCCGAGUCGCUGAUCGACUCCUUCGAGCUGCUCUACUACUACGACGAGUACCUGGGCCACUGCAUGUGGUAUAUCCCCUUUUUCCUCAUCCUCUUCAUGUACUUCAGUGGCUGCUUCACUCCCGCAGCAGCGCCACGCUCCAUGCCAGGGGCGGCCCUGCUCCUGGUGGUGCCCAGUGGCCUGUACUACUGGUACCUGGUCACCGAGGGCCAGAUCUUCAUCCUCUUCAUCUUCACCUUCUUCGCCAUGCUGGCCCUCGUCCUGCACCAGAGGCGCAAACGCCUCCUCCUAGACAGCAACGGCCUCUUCCUCUUUGCGUCCUUCAGCCUUGCGCUCCUGCUCGUGGUGCUCUGGGUGGCCUGGCUGUGGGACGACCCCGUGCUCAGGAAGAAGUAUCCGGGCGCCAUCUACGUCCCCGAACCCUGGGCCUUCUACAGCCUCCACGUCAGCAGCCAGCGCUGAGCCCUGCUGGCUGCUGGGGUGUGAGAGUGAGUGUGGGGGUGUGAGUGUGUGGGGGUGAGAGGCUAUAUGUCAGUGUGAGUGUGAGGAUGUGUUUAUGAUGUGUGUACAUCUGUAUCAAGCGUGUGUAUGGUGGUGGGGUAUGAGGUGACAUUUCUAUUUGGUUUGGAUCAGGACUGGACUUUGUUCUCAGCCAAGAGCCAGGUUCUCCUUUCUGGCCCCUCUCUCUGCUCAGGUCUGGUCUCCUUCUUGGGGUCAUGGCAGGGAGUCCUCGUGGGGCUGAAGAAGGGGGUGUGGUUCUCUGGAUCCCACUGCAGCUGCACCCACUCUGCUGCUGGGUGUGGAGGAUCCUGACGGUGGGUCUAGACCCAGCUCACCCCUGCCUGGCCUCACUUGUGGCGUGUCAGACCCCACAUGCUCAGCCUCAGGGUGGACAUUUGAGCAGUCUAGCUCCCCUUUCUUCUGCUCCCAGGGAAGGGCACCCUUCACUCCUCACUCCCAGAGGGAUCUCUCCUGGCCUCUGCAGAGUUGCAGUUCCCCUGCUGUUCAGCCUGGCCAAAUGGAGCUCUCCAGCUGUGGUCCUGAGCUUGGAGGGGGUGGCAGGAUGACCCCAAGCGUCCUCCAUCUCAGCUGAAAGCUUGUGCUUUUCUCUAGCAAAUCCAGACCAAGCGGGAUCUUAUUUGAGCAGGACCCCUGUGUCCACCAGGCUUUGGGGCCUCUGUUUUGGGCUUUCUGGUCUCUUCCUUGUCUUGCGUUCUCAGGGAACUUUUGGGCCUGACUUACUCACAGUGGGGUCACCCCAAGCCUUGUCAUCCUGUGUGCUGCCCACAUGGACAUGGGUGUGAGGUGUGAAUAAAAGUGUGUGCUACUCUUAAAAAAAAAAAAAAAGAA